AUGAGGAAGUUGCCGAACGAGGCACCCGAGGAAGCGAGGGCACUAUGGGAGGCCCACCGUAGGCGCUUGCAGCUGCAGCACGUCCACCGUAGCCGUGACCUCGCGGAACCGACCAUACAGCAAAGCGUCGGAAGUCUUGUCUUACCUCCCGUAGACGCCGACACUUCACUUAUAGGGCCUCGGUUGGCUCAACGGCAAGAGCGGAGGCGCCGAAAGAGAGGGGGGAGAGGAGGGCAGCAGAGGUGGCUUGUAAGAGGCCAGCAAGGGCUGCAGGUUGGAGGGCAGCAUGGGCUGCUGGCAAGGGGGCAACAAGAGCUGCAAGAUGGAGGGCAGCAGCUGCCGCAUAGCGGCGGGCAAGUGCAGCUACAGAGCAAAGGUACAGCGACGGCUGCCAGCGUGGGGGCGGUAUCAAGAGCUGACGGAGAAGGAACAGCGGCUGCUGCACCAGACGGGGUUGCGGCUGAAGUUAGGGACAGGGCUUUCGCACGGCCAGCAGGGGCGGUAGAGGCCACAACUGGGGCAGAGGAGUCCGCUGCAGGGGCGGCAGAGACCGCAGACGGAGUGGCGCGGGCCGCACGAGAGGCUGGCAGCGAUGGGGACGCUGCAGUCCCACCACAGCCCCAUGAGGAGGUCCUCCCUGCCCUCCCCAGGCCCACCCCCAUGCAGGCAGGAGCUUUAAUAGAGGGGCAGGAGGAAACAACGAGGUCCGCCCUCACCAGCAGAUGUGCAUAUGCCCGAGGCGCUUGGUUUAGCCGCAUCAACCCCCGCACCGACUCCCCUCCGCCCCGCCCCACUCCGACCCCCCUCCCACAACAACCAGCCAUAACUCCCCAAGCCAACGCAGGUCGACGACGGAGGGGGAGAGCCAGGGGCGGGGAGGGCUUAAGUUCCACACCCCCACCUCCGUUUUCUGCCCCACCUGCAGCUCUACUCCCCGCCCCCUCUGCCCAACCUGCUCUAGGCGACCCUCACAUGGGCUCAUCACCCAUCCUUCCCCCCCCUCAUGAACCCUCGCCUUUGCAGGCACACGGUGGAGGUUCCACCGCUCAGCUGAGACAACUGGAGGGUGAGCUAAGGCCGGUGCAACAACCACAUGCAACCCAGCCACAUGGACCAGGUCACCCUCCCUCCCUUACAGACCGGGAGGCGUUGGAGCCCUCAUCGGGCUUGGGGGCAGCCGUAUCUGACUUGCUGGCAAUACAGAAUACUGGCAUACCCCUCUCUACUCCCACCCCCCAGACCCCAGUGGUACACGCCCUCGAAGCCCCCCUCAUGGACCUCCCUCUUGCAGCCCCCAUCCUGCAGGAACCCUUUCACCCUUCUCUGAUGGAGACCGAUCUGAUCCUCAGACCGUGCGCCUCUGACGCGGAUUUAAGUGCAUCACUCCGGCCUGCCUCACCCCACCCAUCCCCGUCAUCAGCCCCACCUAUCACCACGGCAUAUAGUUCCGAGGGCACGGCCACGGCCGACCCCACCGACACAGCGACGUCACCAGACGAGGUCGUGAGGGUCCGUGGUGGGUAUCUAGACAUCCUCUGCGCCAUCUUAGCGCGGGUCUCCCAAGACCCAGAGGCACCAGGCCCUACUCUCCUCUUGGAGGCGGCACCGACGCUCCUACUGGCUCCGGCGACACCGCCAGAGCGUUCAAACACGGCCGCCAUUGCAACGCGCAUCAUCCGCUUUGGACGAGGUGAGUGGGACGAGCUCAUCUCUGAGGCCCUACAGCGACGUACUCCCCUUCCUUUACAAGCAGCACGUCACGCUCACGCCACCACUUUCUCCCCCACACCGGAUGACCGCCGCAUUGCCCGCUGCCUGCGUCUGGCGGCUUGCAAUGACACCUCGCGGGCCUGCGCGGCCCUGGAGUCGGCAGAUGCGGCACCUGACACGGAGAGGGCACCGUGGGGACAGCAACAGCAGCAGGGUGGGCUCGGUCGAGGGGCUGGUGAGCAGGAGGGCCGUGAGGGGCAGGAUGGGUUGGCUAGUGGGGGAGAGGAGGGGGGAGAGCAGCAGCAGCGGCAGCAGCAGCAGCAGCAGCAGCGGCAGCCACAGCAACAGCAACUAGGCCAGCUGGGGCAGGAGGGGCAGACCCGUAGGGCAGCAACAGCAGCAGCACCAGCAGCAGCAGCAGCAGCAACAGUAGCAGCAGCAGUAGCAGCAGCGGCAGCAGCAGCAGCGGCAGCGGCAGCGGCGGCAGCGGCAGCGGCGGCAGCGGCAGCGGCGGCAGCGGCAGCGGCAGCGGCAGCAGCAGCGGCAGCAGCAGCAGCAGCAGCAGCAGCAGCAGCAGCAGCAGCAGCAGCAGCAGCAGCAGCAGCAGCAGCAGCAGUAGCAGCAGCAACAGCCGCAGCAGCAGAACAGGAGGAUCAGCUAGGGCAGCGGCGUGAGGAUCAGCAGGGGCAGGCUGGCUGGGAGGAGGAGGAGAGACAGCAACAGCAGCGACUACAGCAGGUGGGCCAGCAGGGGCAGGAUGGGCAGGCCAGUAGGGGAGAGGAGAGAGGACAGCAAGAGCAGCAGCAAGAGGGUCAUCCGGGGCAGCAGCAGGAGGGACAACAAUGGCAACAGCAGGAGGGUCAGUGGGGGCAGGCUACUAGGGAAGAGGAGAGGGGACAGCAGCGGCAGCAGCAGAAGCAACAACAACGGCAUGGCCAGCAAAGGCAGGAGGGGCAGGUUGGUGGGGGAGAGGAGAGAGGACAGCACAACCAGCAACAGGAGGUUCAGCAGGCGCAGGAGAGGCUGGCGAGUGGGGUAGAGGAGAGGGGACAGCAGGGGCAGCAGCUGGAUGGCCAGCAAGGACAAGAUCCACAGCAAUAG